CACCCCCUGCUCCUUCAGAUUUAGAACUGCAAAAAGGAAACAGAGCAACAAAAAGGAAAGAAUAGAAGAGACUAACAUUAUCAGUUGUUGAGCUUAGCGGUAAUGGCUGGGGCGUGGAAGACACGCGUAUCUACGGUUGUCUUCGGGAUCGUUCUGAUCGGGAGUUUAUUUGCGUUCUCUAUUGCUAAAGAGGAGGCUGCUAAAGUUGGAACAGUUAUUGGCAUCGAUCUUGGCACAACUUAUUCAUGUGUUGGUGUUUACAAAAAUGGACACGUUGAAAUCAUAGCAAAUGAUCAAGGUAACCGCAUUACCCCUUCAUGGGUUGGUUUCACCGACAAUGAGAGGUUGAUUGGUGAGGCUGCAAAGAAUCAGGCAGCUGUUAAUCCUGAGAGGACUAUCUUCGAUGUCAAGAGGCUUAUUGGAAGAAAGUUUGAGGAUAAAGAAGUACAAAGGGACAUGAAACUUGUCCCAUACAAGAUUGUCAACAAGGAUGGAAAACCUUACAUAGAAGUCAAGAUCAAAGAUGGUGAGACCAAGGUCUUCAGUCCUGAGGAGAUCAGUGCCAUGAUUUUGACAAAGAUGAAGGAGACAGCUGAGGCUUACCUUGGAAAGAAAAUCAAGGAUGCUGUUGUCACUGUCCCUGCUUACUUCAAUGAUGCUCAGAGGCAAGCUACAAAAGAUGCUGGCACAAUUGCCGGGCUGAAUGUUGUGAGAAUUAUUAAUGAACCAACCGCAGCAGCAAUUGCUUACGGUUUGGACAAGAAAGGUGGUGAAAAGAACAUUCUUGUCUUUGACCUUGGUGGUGGAACAUUUGAUGUCAGUAUCUUGACUAUUGACAAUGGCGUUUUUGAGGUUCUUGCUACAAAUGGGGACACUCACUUGGGAGGUGAGGAUUUUGACCAGAGGAUCAUGGAGUACUUCAUUAAGUUGAUCAAGAAGAAGCAUGGUAAGGACAUCAGUAAGGAUAACAGGGCCCUUGGCAAGCUGAGGAGAGAAUGUGAACGUGCUAAGAGAGCUUUGAGCAGUCAGCACCAGGUCCGAGUAGAGAUUGAGUCUCUCUUUGACGGUGUUGAUUUCUCUGAACCUCUUACCAGAGCUCGUUUCGAGGAAUUGAACAAUGAUUUGUUCAGAAAGACCAUGGGCCCUGUUAAGAAAGCCAUGGAAGAUGCUGGUUUGGAAAAACGCCAGAUCGAUGAAAUUGUCCUUGUUGGUGGAAGCACAAGGAUUCCAAAGAUCCAACAGCUUCUUAAGGAUUAUUUUGAUGGGAAGGAGCCCAACAAGGGUGUCAACCCAGAUGAGGCGGUUGCUUUUGGUGCUGCGGUCCAAGGAGGUAUCCUGAGUGGAGAGGGUGGUGAUGAAACCAAAGAUAUUCUUCUCUUGGAUGUGGCUCCUUUGACCCUUGGCAUUGAAACUGUUGGAGGAGUGAUGACCAAAUUGAUUCCGAGAAACACUGUUAUCCCAACCAAGAAAUCCCAAGUUUUCACCACUUACCAGGACCAGCAAACUACUGUCACAAUUCAGGUCUUUGAGGGUGAACGGAGCCUUACAAAGGACUGUAGAUUGCUUGGAAAAUUUGACCUGACAGGAAUAGCCCCAGCUCCAAGAGGAACCCCUCAGAUCGAAGUCACUUUCGAGGUUGAUGCCAAUGGUAUUCUGAAUGUCAAGGCUGAAGACAAGGCCUCUGGGCGAUCCGAAAAGAUCACCAUCACCAAUGACAAGGGCCGUCUGAGCCAGGAAGAGAUUGACCGGAUGGUCAGAGAAGCUGAGGAAUUUGCCGAAGAAGACAAGAAGGUCAAAGAAAGGAUUGAUGCCCGGAACAGUCUGGAGACUUACGUUUACAACAUGAGGAACCAGAUCAACGACAAGGACAAGCUUGCAGACAAAUUAGAAGCUGACGAGAAGGAGAAGAUCGAGACGGCAACCAAGGAGGCCCUUGAGUGGAUGGAUGACAACCAGAACGCUGAGAAGGAGGACUACGAGGAGAAGCUGAAGGAGGUAGAAGCAGUGUGCAACCCUAUUAUAACUGCUGUUUACCAAAGGUCUGGUGGUGCCCCUGGAGGCAAGUCAGAGGAAGAUGACGACGCCCACGAUGAACUGUAAAAAAAGAUUGUUUGAUAGAUUUUAGGUUUAUGUUUAUUUACGGAUGAGAGAUAUUACUGAUACAUUACUUAUUUCUCUUUUCUGCAAAGAAGUUUUGAUGACAAGAGAACCAGUAGCAUACGGUACAGGUGCUUUAUGAAUGUAACCAGGAAGAUUUGGUUGUAACCAAAUGCUUUAUGAAUUGAAUCCUCAUGUGCAUUCUUUGUACUCUUUGUGGCAUGUAAUAGUAACUUCCUUCCUCCAUAA